AGGAAUACAUUUCCUAGCCAUUUAAUUUGGAUCCGAGAAGGUAAAAAUAAUGGAUGAGCUGCACAAGAUUGCAAGGGCGUAUUACACCACUGCCAAUGAAGAGAGCAAAUCGCAAGGUAAAAGAUUUUUCAAUAGCAUAGAUCAUGACGGGAAUAGACGAAUAACCAUUCAAGAGUACCUGCCAUACAUGAAGCGGAACGGUCACACAAAAAUGGCGAAUCGUCCCUUUUUCGACUAUCUAAACGAAAGUAGAACUGGCAAACUAGAGUUUAUGGAAGUGAUGACUCUCUUCUACAUAAUUAAGAGUGGAAGAAAAUUUUGUGAUGGAUGCGAUGGGCUUCUAAAGGGAACGUUUUUCUCAUGCACCGACUGCUUUGAUCUUGAUGAUGAGUCCUUCAAUCUUUGCAGUGAAUGUUUUACUGAAAGCAGUUAUGUCCACGACCACAGACAUUUUUUGGAUAACUAUAUUAUUCUUGAAAACAUGAAGAUGACACUUGCAGAAAAGGAGCAGGAGAUCAGGAAGAUGAAAGCUGCAAUGGCGAAUUAUCAGGUCCAAAAUGCGGUUGCUAGCGAUGCAAUUGUCUUGUAUAAUCAAAGUCGAUCAAGUGUCUUCGCGACUGUGUUUCAGGCAUUUGCUACGGCGGCGGCAACGUGUUCUACCUGUACUAUCAUGUGAAAGAUUUGGUGCAUGGUCCUGACUUUCGAAACCCAUGCAAGCAUAAUAAUCUGGGAAUAUAUAAACCAGAGAGUAUGCAUGUAUCCGGUUACGAAGUUUCUAUCCUUUAUGAAUCUGUCAUGUAUUUGGAUUUUGAAUAACGAGGCUAUGUAUUUAGCCAUGUUUGGAUUUUGAAUUGUUAUUAAUACCAUGGUUAUUGUAUUUUUAUGCCAUGUAUUUGGAUUUUGAAUAACGAGGCUAUGUAUUUAGCCAUGUUUGGAUUUUGAAUUGUUAUUAAUACCAUGGUUAUUGUAUUUUUA